GCGGGGGCCGUAUUGAGCCGUUUUUUCCUCCCUCGGUCGGUAAACGCACGCGCUCCUUUAGUAUAAGCCGGCCCUCGAAAGGCCACCGCCGCCGCCGCCGCUGCUCCCCGUCUCACAAUAUUUCUAAAUGUCCCGCGCGACGCGAGCUGCACGUUUCUAGGUGACCGCCAUCGCCGGUUACCGAGAUGUGCCUUCCGUGAUAUUCGCCUCCAUUCGGGGCCGUUGUGCCUUGCCUUGCCCGUGUGCGUACCUCUGCCGGCCGGCUUCUUCUCAGAAGCCGACCGCGUGUGCCGACCCCCGCCAUUCGGUGUCCAACUGUCAAAAGAAAUGUCUGCUGCAAGAACCGUGCGCUCCGCGUUUGCGUGCUUAUGCGUGGCGACCGUCUUGUGCCUCGCCGACGGAGCGGCAGACGGCGAUGUCCCAAACGGAAUUAUUGCCGCUCCCGCUCAAAGAGCGGCAGAAGACAGAACAACAGCAGCAACAAGAGGACGGUGGCCUCAAGAGGCAACGGACAACGGCGUCGCGGAGUACCGCUCAUCGGCUACUGAGGUGCGUAAGUUCGCACCUAGUUUCACUCGGGAAGCACGCGCAAGGCCCCAGGUUUCGCUUUCAGUCCACGCGAGUGAACUUCGAGACGCGUACGGUGCCAAUUACGAUCUCCGGGAGUACACCGGCAACUCUCGCCUUGUGUCGCAGAAGAACGUAGGAUCCUUCAACAAGCGGACACCACUUGGAGGCGGCAUGCGGAGGAGGAGGGCGUUGGACUUGGACAGUGAACCCCGCGCGGCGUGGAGUGACCCCGAAGGCGCGCUCACCAGGACGGCCGAGUGGUUUGUGCUCAAGCUGUGGAUGCCCAUUCAAGAGCUGGCUGGCAACGGCACGCUAUCUUCCAAGUGCCUCUCCGGUCUGCUGGCCGUCUACGGCGGGGUCCGCCGAGGACAGCUGUGGGCGCUCAAGUUUCUGGACGCCACGGGCAAGUUCCCUAGCGGAGUUCUCUCGUCGUCGUCUCCGUCCUCCGACCCUGGCUCGUACGACGAGUGCUUGGAGAUCGGGCACAUCGACGCCAACAGUUUGCCACGCAGAGACCGGGCGCCCCCCGCCAUGGAAGGCCGAUACUGCAGCCUGCAGUGGGUCAUGAACGCAACUUCCUUGGUUACGAGAAUCUCGGACAGCGAUGACGACCGGGACAGCACCAAUACCUUCAAGAGGAUACGGCAAGGCGUGUGCGUUCCUUCUCAUUGCUCUAGGAGAGAACUGGAAGCGCUCGUGGCGAAAGUGCUCAACGGGUCCAAUACAUCAGUCGCAGUGUCAGCGUGCCGCUCUCGGAGCGACUUCAGCAUCACCCAAGUGCAGCUGGCAGUAAUCUGCAUCUUCAUCGUCUGGAUCACGCUAAUCGCCAUCUCCACUUUGGUGCAUUUCUACUGGAAUAGAAAGGAGUCAUCGACAAAGAUCGCUGAUUCGUGCCACCGUAAGUUGACGCUGUCCAUCUCUGCCGUGACGAGCAUCAAGCGUCUGCUGCUGGUCCGCCAGGAGAAGCACAUGUGCGCCGUGCAGCCGCUCAAGACGGUCAGCCUGCUCUGGAUCGUCCUCGGCAUGACAUACAGGGCCCGGUUACUGGAACACGGCGAGCACGAGGUGGACAGGCAAUGGCGGCACGGCACCCUUCACACGCUCGCUGCCAGUUCAGACCUGGCGUACACCACGGUGAUCCUGCUCAGUGGAUACGCAGCGGCCAACACUGUCCUCGAGCUGCACAGGCUUAAAGUUGGCUUCGUCAGAAGACUGCUAGCCGUCCACUGCUUAAAGAGCAGGCUGACCGCGUCAGCUCUCUUCACCUUGGGUGCGUUCGUGCUGUACCCGCUGUUCGUGGACGGCCCAGCCGCCGACCGGGUGCUGCCGCUCCUCAGCGACGUCUGCCGGCGACGAUGGGGUUUCGUGGUCGUGCACCUCAACAACUUGCAGGGACACGGCGAUGUGUGCUACCAUCCGUUGUGGUUCAUAUCCUGCGAGAUGCAGAUAUUCGUCGCCCUCUCCGGCAUCGUCGUUCUCAUAAGAAGAUUCAAGAGAACAUCGUGCAUCUUUCUCACUUUCAUCGGCAUCGUCGCACUUGCAGCUGUGUCUGCCGCAGUGGGCGUCAGAGGAUACCAGCCUCCCGUUGCCAUCCACAGCAGGGAAUACGUGAGGACGCUUAGCGAAGUUGUGUACCUGCCGUUUCUACACGCUCCGGCAUUCAUCAUCGGCGUUCUGUUCAACAACUGGAUAACCAGGGUGUGCAGAGUGAGCAUUUCUAAGUGCCUGCGUUGCGUUUUCUGGCUCCUCUCGGCCAUCGGACUGGUCUGGGGCGCCCUCUAUCCCUGCAUCUGGACAUCCUGGGUUCCCGUCCCGACGGCAGCGGCCUCGGUGCUGUUCAUCGUGGGCCUUCGGCUGGUCUGGUGCGUGGCCAUCGCCUACGUGCUGUGGACUGCCACAACGUGGAAAUCUGGACUGGUCCGCGACGUUCUUGGCUGCCGCACCGUUGCCGCUCUCGGACGGCUCUCGCUGGGCGCCUACCUCUGCUCCUGGAUGAUCGUCAUGCACGGCGUGCUCUCUGCACGCAACAAUCCUGAGACCGCUCACGCCUUUCUUAUUCGGGACUUCGUGGCCAACACGGUUCUGAGCUACGCAGGCGCGCUGCUCUUCUACGUGGCGUGCGACGGGCCGGCGCAAUCGCUCUGCUCGCUGCUGCGCACUUUGGUGAUCGGCCGCGAGGCGGCGCGGCGGAGGCAAUCGUUCGACGAAUGCGACCGCAAAGUCCGCUUCCUCUCAGAGCUGUUGGGCAUGGAGUCACCGAGGACUGCCAAAGAAUUGCAGCAACAGCAGCCUGUGUCGCGGACGCUGCAGAGGUUCUCGUCGCUCAAGGAUAUGGUGUUGCACUUGUGAACAGCUGUCGAGGCUUCAGACUUUUUGUGCCAACGGGUCUCGAGGCGGUGAACAGUACCGGUGCCUCUCGACUUGGUGUGAUGACCGUGCGUGCUUUCGAGGACCCAGAACCGGGCGCCCACACGAGCCUAAUCUAGCCGGUGUUGGUAUCUUGGCAAGAAAGUCGCUAAAUUUAGCGUGUUUUUAGUCACCUUAACGGCAACAUUGCCUUUUUGAAGUCUCAGCGACAUUUCGGCGACUUUUU